UUAUCACAAAGCAGUCCAAUUUCCAAAACAACUCUCUUCCCAACCUAAUUAAUAUCAUCAAUAUUUGCUUACCGUGUCAUUUACGAAGCCGCCCUCUUUUUCAGCUUUAUAAAUAGCCAACUUUUCUCUUGACAAACGAAACUGCACCAAGAAAAUGAAGAGGCAAAGAAAUGUAGAGGGAGCUGCAACAAGAACGGAAACGGCGUCAACAAUGUCAAUGACAAAGAAGAAGGCCAAGAGGGAAGUUGAGAAGAGGAAAGAGGAGGUGGGAAAGGUGGAGGAGGAGGAGGAGAGGAGGGAAGGCAGAGAUCAGUCCUGGUUUACGGUGGCAGAGAAUGAUCAGAUGGGUUGGGAGGAGUACCGUCCGUGGACGUUGGGUGGUGCUGUGGAUGAGCAAAUGUCAUGGGGCUCCCUUUGGCUGCCGUUUUGGGACGUUGAGUUUAUGUGUGAAGCUUAUAGUACAUUCUUUGGCGAUGUUGCUUGGGAUGAUGAUAUUUGGAACGUGAGGGGUAUCAUGGAGGUACCAAAACCAUGAGAUAAACAAGAAAGAGAGCUUUUCUUUAUCUGCCUUUUUGUUUCUUUUCCCUUGUGCUCAAGUCUUGUUAUACAAGAAAUUUCUAGUCCAUGGAGAACACUGAAUCCAGAUCUCGCAAUUUGCUGUCUGAUCGAGUUACUGGUAUUUUAGGCUGUAAGAACACUUAUAAAGCCCAUGCCACCUACCCAAGUAAGGAAGCGGGCAGCGGCCCGGGACCUGCUUAAGCAGGCAGGCUUUAUAAAAUUGAUAAAGAUCUAUAUCCGCUAUAACCAUUGUCAUAGUAAUAACUCAUUUAUAUAUGUACGUGGGAUGAAUUCUGUGUUAUUCUAACAAAUAAGAUCCUCUCCAUUUCAAGUGAAAAAGAGAGGAGUCAUUUUAUAGUCUAGUAUUUUAUUUUAUUAUAUUUGACGAA